AGGAGAACGAAUGGAAGGUGACAGCACAGCUUUGCUCUCUCUACUAUCUAUAUUCAUCGUCUGUUCCAUAAUAAGAAAAUUAUGGAGCUCACAGAGAUUUCUUUGGCCACAUCAUUUUUCUUCACCUUCAUCUUCUUCUUCUUUUUCGUCUUCUCAAUCUUCAUUUUUUCGUCAUUUGUAAAUUCCCCCGUCCAAAAAGUUCAUCAUUUUCGGUGAAUAUACUAUGCUUUCGUCGGUUCCGCUGUCGGAGUUUUAGGUGAGUUGUCGCAUUCAAGUUCUCCGACGAAGAGUUCGCCAUUUCCAUGACCGUUUCGAUCAGGAAUCUUCUCUCUGGGUUGGGUUCCUGAUCUGGUGACUGACUGCAAUUUUUACCAUAUGGAGCCAACGACUAUCGGUCCCCAUAUAGUAACGCUAAGGAGGAAGUCGUUAAGGAGUUGAGAGACCGGUGAAAUUGAUGGGGAACACGUGCUCGGGACCGAAUCUUGGCGGCAGUGGAUUCUUAGGAUCUGUAAGCGCCGCGAUUUGGCGGAACCGACCUCUUCAAGACCGCCUCCCUGCACCAUCGGCCGGGGAUACAAGCUCCCAGAACACCGUUAACUCAAGCUCCGAUGGAAACAAAGGCUCCAACCCGCCGCCUCCUAAUAAUCCAGCUCCUGUCCAAAGCACGCCGCCAGAACCAAUGAAAAUCCCUUCUUCUCAGGAGCCUAGAGGGGUGGCCUCUCAGGAGCCUGGAGGGGUGGCUUCUCAGGAGCCUAGAAGGGUGGUGGUAGAGCCGGAGAGGCCAGCCAAGCCAGCGGAGGAGGCGAAGCCGCAGAAACCGACCCAUAUGAAACGAAUAUCGAGCGCGGGGCUUCAGGUUGAGUCUGUGCUCGGGAGAAAAACUGGAAAUUUGAAGGAUAUCUACAGCUUGGGCCGCAAGCUUGGGCAGGGGCAGUUUGGGACAACAUUCCUGUGCAUAGAGAAGGCAACGGGGAAGGAGUUUGCCUGCAAAACGAUAGCCAAGCGUAAAUUGACGACCCAGGAGGAUGUCGAGGAUGUGAGGAGGGAGAUUCAGAUAAUGCACCACAUGGCGGGGCACCCGAAUGUGGUAUCGAUCGUGGACGCAUAUGAGGACGCCAUGGCGGUCCACUUGGUGAUGGAAUUGUGUGCGGGUGGAGAGUUGUUUGAUCGGAUUAUUCAAAGGGGCCAUUAUACAGAGAGGAAGGCGGCUGAGCUUGCAAGGGUGAUCGUGGGAGUGGUGGAAGCUUGCCACUCUCUUGGAGUGAUGCACAGGGACUUGAAACCCGAGAAUUUCCUGUUCGUAAACCAUGAGGAGGAGUCAGUGAUUAAAACGAUUGACUUCGGCCUCUCUAUGUUCUUUAGGCCAGGUGAGACAUUUACUGAUGUGGUGGGAAGCCCUUAUUAUGUGGCUCCAGAAGUAUUGAGGAAGCAUUACGGUCCCGAGUGUGACGUUUGGAGUGCAGGGGUCAUCAUUUAUAUUUUACUAAGUGGAGUGCCCCCAUUUUGGGACGAAACCGAGCAAGGAAUAUUCGAGCAGGUUUUGAAGGGAGAACUUGACUUUAUGUCAGAACCGUGGCCUAGUAUAUCUGAAAGUGCAAAGGACCUCGUCCGCAGAAUGCUUGUUAGGGACCCAAAGAAGCGGCUGAUAGCCCACGAGGUUCUUAGUCAUCCUUGGGUUCAGGUCAAUGGUGUUGCUCCAGACAAACCUCUUGAUUCUGCAGUUCUGUCUCGUCUGAAGCAAUUCUCUGCCAUGGACAAGCUCAAGAAAAUAGCCAUCAGAGUCAUGGCAGAGAUCCUCUCAGAAGAAGAAAUAGCAGGGCUAAAAGAAAUGUUCAAGAUGAUAGACACAGAUAAUAGUGGACAUAUAACUCUCGAGGAGCUGAAGAUCGGUUUGGAAAAAGUGGGCGCUAUGGUCAAGGAUUCCGAAAUCAACAAUUUAAUGAAAGCCGCGGAUAUAGACAAUAGUGGUACCAUAGACUAUGGGGAGUUCGUAGCAGCAAUGUUGCAUCUCAACAAGGUCCAGAGGGAAGAUCACUUGCAUGCAGCUUUCUCCUACUUUGACGAGGAUGGAAGCGGAUACAUCACCAAGGAUGAGCUUCAGCAGGCUUGUAAGAAGUUCGGUCUCGAAGAUAUUCAGUUGGAAGAGCUCAUGAACGAAGUCGACCAAGACAAUGACGGACGCAUAGAUUACAGCGAGUUUGUGGCGAUGAUGCAAGACAGUGGCUUCGACAAGAAAGCACAUUUAUAGCAUAACUCAAACAAAGUAGAAGCCCGUUUGUCUGUCUUGGGCUAUUCAUGCAUUUGUGCAGUGUUUGUACUAUGUUUUUAUCUCUCUCUUUUUUUAUCUUUUCUCUUUUUUUUUUUGUAUGGGGCAGUUAGGAGAGGCAAAGUUAGUUAUUUUGCUUCCAUCUUUACCCUAUUUGUUCUCUCCAUUCUUUUAGGUGAUUUUGGUCCAG